UCUUGUGGGAUUCCCCAAGAUAGGUUUACAUUCCGUUUUUUGCCUAAAAUAUCGAGUUUCAUUGAAAGGUUUCGAACUUAUGAGGAAGACAUUGAUAAAGCUCUUGCUAUUGAAUUGAAAAUGGCUUCAAACUUCACAGGAAAAAUCUUAGAUUUUCACACAAUCCAACAAAAAGCUGAAUCGUGGACAAAGAAAGAAGCCAAAUCCUCAUUCGGUUUUGUGACAUCUGUUGAUGAGGAGAGAAAGCUCAUUUUCAGUCUCGCAGAUAGUGGUGAUACAUUCUAUAUUGUCCCACCAAAAGAGUCAGACGGAUCUUGGGUUGUUUGGAGUGAUGACAACAGUGUCAUACCACGGCUUCUUCAUGUCCAGGAUUACAUACAGUCGUGCAAAGAGAAAAAGAUAGAAGAGGUUUUAGAGAAUGUCAACAAAACCUUCAAACAGUAUAAAAUUGGAGCAAAAGUGACGCCACCUGCUGAGAAAGAGGCAGAUCACGAUAGCGCCAACGAUAGUGACUUCUUGGGAGAAGAUGAUAAUGAUGACGAAGAUGAUGAAGAUGAUGGAUACUAUCAGGAUGUUGACCACGAUGCUGAGUCUGACAACACAGUCCAGUUACCCGAUGAGGAUGAGGAAUCAGCUGAUAAAUUCUUUACUGGUGGUGGAAGCAAAACUGCUGUAUAUAGACUUACAAAAGAUUUAAAAAAUAUGAAGACAAAUGCUUGUAAAUUUGGUAUAGAAGGAAGUCCAAGAGGGGACAAUAUAUUUAUAUGGGAUGUGAAAUUGACAGACCUACCAAAAGAUACCCCCCUUGGAAGAGAUUUACAAGGCUUUGCCUCCAAAUACAAAAAGGAGGCAGUUAUACUCUUGGAGAUGAAGUUCCCAAGAGACUACCCAAUGGGGCCACCAUUUGUUCGAAUUGUUAGACCAAGAUUCAAGUUUUUAACGGGACACAUAACAAUAGGGGGCAGCAUAUGUAUGCAGUUGCUAACUCAGUCAGGUUGGGUGCCUACGAAUGAUUUAGAGGGAAUCCUCGUUCAGAUCCGAAGUGAAAUCUUAAGUGAUCCAAAUACUCGCCUGUGUCCACGUGAGCCAGACAAGCCAUAUGAUGAGGUCGAGGCCAAGCAAGCAUUCGAGCGCAUGGUUCAAAAAUAUGGAUGGAACAAAUAAGACUAAGCCAGUAUGGGUGAUAUGAGUGGGAAUUCGAACUUGAUCGAGUUUUCCUGGGCUCUCAUCCGAACCUGCUGUGGAUGAAAAGUGAGAGCCAGCAGGGGGGGGGGAGGAUAAGGGUCCUGCUUCUUAUGCCAUAUGUUUCUUGCAUGAUGUUAACUCUUCUGGGUAGGGUAGGAGUAGGAAGAAGUAGGGUUCUUUUCCCCAAGAAUUAUCUUCCCCUAAUAAAGUCUGUGUGAACUGAGAUUGUCUGAUUCCAACUUUCUCAAGGCUUUAUAAUGUUGGCUUUAGUCUGAUUUUGAAUUUGAUUUAUGUGUGUUUGAUGCUUGGGAGAGGAGUGAGUGAGCGCCCUUGGUCAUUCUCACAAAUGAGCCAGCUUGUGCUCCAAUAGAUGUGCAACAAUUGUUGAUCUGGUUUUGAUCAUGACUGAAAACAUUUCACCUUAUUUAUUUGAGGUAUUCCAGAGUCACCUUUCGCCCCUAAAGGCCAACAUAACUUAAAUGGUUUCCUUUAAAGGGAACUAUAGGCAGGAGCAGUGGGCUGGAUUGAGUUACUUAAAGUUGUAGAUAGGUGUCUCUGCUAUCUCACAGUUCAUGCUUGACAUUUUCAUCACUUACUCAACCAGAAACCAGUACUUAAACUGUGCAUAUAUGAGUAACCUGUCGGCCACCAAGUCGGCCACCUGCUGCUGCCUAUAUUCCUCUUGGUCUCCGGACCAAGAUCAGUUUAUUGCUCACUUAUCAUGAUAAAGGAGUUAUUUUUUUGCACUUCCAUAGUGAUCAUGUCAUUGUAUCUGAUCCUCGUCAUCCAGAUCGCACUUGAUGAUUUUCACUGCCGGAGAAAAUCAUCUUGUGCGAUCUGGUGACUAGGAUCAUCCACUCUAGCAGUUUUCUGAAAGAAAUGUAUCGUUGUACUUGUAGCUGGGUAGAGUAAUAUAUCCUAACUAUUGGGUAGAAAAGCACGAAGCCAGGAAAAUGAAGUGAAGAGAUGAUAAUCAUGGUGCAGUAUGAUUGUUCAGUCGAAGGAAGUAUUUUUUCCACCUGAAAAUUGAAUGCUGGGAAUUUAACAGAGAUCAACUUUGCGAUGAAUGAAACCACAUUUCAAAUAGACAGGAGUCAGACUUUUGAGAGAUAUGCUAUCAAGUGCAGGUGUCAUGUGCUGUGCAGUUAUCUUUUGGCUGAUAACUUGUGUGUCACAAUAAUUCUUUUGAGAAAAUAGGAUUUAUUCUUCACCAGUUGAUGGCCAGCUACUUCAGGAGACCUUGAACUCCCACCUUGACUGCUGCAAUUGAUAGUUUAAAAUCCUGAUGGCCUUUGCUGUGGGGCUUUGUUUGGUUGUACACAGGAUAAAUAUGAGUGUCGCCUGGUCUGCCUUUAUUUUCGGGUCAAGUAUAGUCAAUAGAAUCAAAUGCUCUUUUCAUAUCCAUUUUUAUCAGUGGCGUUUUCCCCGUUUUUAGUUCAAUACGAUUUGUUGACUUCAUUUAUAUUUUGUUGUGAAUUGAAAUGUGCUGCUGUUUUUCAAUGGAAUGGAAUGUAGUUUGGUGUGUGAGGGCAUUUUGCCUUCAAUAUUGAAAGUUUUCAGAAAAAUUAUAUAUUUUGCAUAUUUUGCUUUUCCUUGUGGAGACACAUGAUAUGAAUGUGACUUUAGUUGUUUAUAAAAACUCCCCGUUGUUAUAACAACCCCUGGCCAUUUGCAUGUGAAUAAUUGGUUUAAUGUGGUUAUUGUCAUUGUGAUGGAGGUCAAUUUAAUUGGUUCUGUCCUCUCCAUCAGAUGGCCACAUAAGCAUUCACUUAUGUUCACAUUCCAUGAUACUCAUUCAGUUGCUGACAAUUAUGUAUGAGUUAUUUCUGACCACCGUGGGAUUUUGUCGAGCUGAGUUAUUAGUACCGUGGGGGAAACAUCAGCCCAUUGAGCAUGCCAGGCAAGCCUCAUACUGAACUUCCAGCCAGAUUGCCUCUGUAGAUUCCGCCCUCGAGUUGUGUUGAAGCUGAGCAGUGUCAAUACAUUGAUGGUCAAGAUGGCCAUGCCUGGGAUGUGGUACAAAAAAAAGUUGAAAUUGAUGUUUUUCUCACCUGUGCGUCAUCCGUCUCAGAUCAUGAUAUUUUUGCUUGAUGUGAUCACUGCAUGAAAGUUUAUGCACACUGUAAAUGUCAUUCUCUAAGUGAACAACAUUUGCUAAUAAAUUGUUAUUUUGUAUAUGAAA